CGUUCGCCGGGAGUGGUUCUAUCGGUUGCAAAUUCACUACAUCGCGCCGACCGUCUGACAGACUGAAAAAAAAUUACGUAAAUAUUACGACACUCACGCAUUGAUUAUGAGACGUUUGUAACUAUUAUCGCAGAGUAGCACUGUUCCCCAUUCAAGAUAUUUGAAAAUUUCAGUAUACAGUGUGCAUGUUGUGCCGUCCGCCUCUUGUUUGAAUUGUGUGAUCCUGUUUGACCCUGGUGAUUUUAUUUCAUUAUUAUUGUUUUUUUUACCCCGAACUGUGGUGUUCAUUGAAUCGACCAUCCCUGUGCUUUUGUAGUGAUUUAUUUUAAAUUGGAUUGUCACUUGAUAUAUUGAUGUAACAGCGCUGCCAACAUGGUGUAAACUUAAUUGAUGUCUGUGCCAAAUUUCCCUAUUGCCAAACAUGGCGUUCACCACAUCUCGGAGAGCGAUCGAUGAACUUUUAUAAAUCUUCUAGAAAGCAAUCGUAUCAAUGAUCCGGUGAAAAUUAAUUAAACAAAAUGUGCCGGCGCCGCUGGAGAUUCGUUACAAUCACAGCGUUCCUGCUUUUUAUAAUAAAAGACACGCAAUGUCAAGAUGAAAACGACUUCUACUAUACACCGGUGGAAAGAAACUUUGCUCAAGUUCAACCGCCUUUAUUUCCAAAUAGUCGUCCAUCGAAUUUCUUUGAACAUGGGGAUAAUUACCGGGCCCAACCUGCACAACAAACUCUUUACAAUGAGGGGCAUGUUCGGUUCCCAAGUCCAAAUUAUAAUCAAAAUCCAUCACCAUUUCAACUGCCAACGGGUAGAAGUCAAUCAGGCACACAGUAUUAUGUGAACCAACCCGAAUUUAGUGCUCCUCCAACACCACAACGGCAAAGAUUUAGGCCAGCUCUUCCAUAUAAUUUUCAAAUGGUUCACCCAGCUUCAACUAAGAGGCCCGAUAUAUCACAAAUACAUUCUGUUGCAUAUCAGAAUGAUCCAUCCAAACCUGAAACAUUCCUAGGUCAAAUCACAAUCAACAAUCCUGACAUUGAUUAUUUACGUAACAGUAGAUUUAAAAAUAUACCUUUUGAUAAUAAUAGUUUAAAAAGUAAUGGACAAAGUGGUCAUAUAUCACAUGAUGAAGAUAUAGAUAAUGAAAACCAAGAUCUUUUUGAACAUCAUAGAGUUACUACUUAUAACCCCGGAAAACUAAUAAGCAAGUCAAGACUGAAUACAAAUCAUAAGAUCUCUCCUUUCCAUCAUUACGAUUCUGUUACACUAGAAGAGAAGGCGAACUUUCAUGCUACUCAAAAUAAGCCUAUUAGCAGUAAUAAUGAAAAAGCUGAUGAUAGUAAGAUAUAUUCACACAGUUCUUCCACUGAAUACAAAGCAUUAUUAGACUUGGAACCUUUACUUGAAGAUGAUAUUAGUGAUAUUAGCUCUUUUAGGGAGCUGAUGAAAAAUACCAGAGGAUCUUUUGAUGUUGAAGUAAUAAAAUCAAAUAAUAGCUAUAGUGAGUUGGAAACAGCUCCUGAUAAUAAGCCAGAUGCAAGUUCUAUGAACACUGAUAAUAUUUCUAAAAAUAUGCCGCCAUAUUUCAAUAUAAGUGAAACUACCUCUUCUGUUAUUAGCAAAACGUCUACUGAAAAAUCUAUAGAAAGCCAAAAUGUAGACGAUGACAUUGAAAGUCACGAGAUUGUAGAAGGCGAAGAGUAUGAAUACUACGAAGAUUCUGAAGAUUCCGAAAUUAAACAUACUACACAACAUCCUCAGACUACUGAACAUGUUACUGAUAUUUAUGACGAGUAUGAUUCAACUGAAGAAGGUGAUAAAUCUAACGAUGAAAGUAAAUCAAAUGUUACGGUACAUUUUGAUGUUUCUUCAACGAAACCAAUUAAAAUAAAUCAAUUAAUAGACGGCAAUGUUAAACAAUUUGUCAAUCCGACAGAAAUUGAUGAAAAAGAUGAACUAAUUAAUAAAUCUACACCUAUUUUCAGUAAUAUUCCCAUAUCUGAAGAAGAGGUUAGUUCUAUAGAACAACCUUCAAUUUUAGGACAAGAGGUGGUGUCUGUAGUAACUACAAAAAGCGUGGUUAAUGGAACUAUAUCUAUACCUGAUAUUACAAUUGCCCCUACUACUGCAAAAGUAAGUGUAACACCAGAACCUGUUACUUUACAAAACCAACAAGAUAAGGACACAUCUCUUCUAGGUACUACAGAAAAUGUAAUUGUAGUAGCAUCCGUUCAAACAAGUAGAAGUGUAUCAGGCGCACGAUUUCUACCGUUUCCCUCAGUAGGACAAGAAGGAAAGAAACAAAUUUUAGCUGACGACCAAACAGAUGAAGAAGAAUUAGUAACAAAAGACCCAAUGUCUGAGUUUAGUGGUCUUGUAAGCAGUUCAUCUACUGAAAACAUUAAUGACAAAUUAGACAGUAUACAAUCAGAGCUAUCAAGUGCUGUUCUGUCAGGAUCAUUAGAUAAUGAAAAUAAAAACAUUGAAUUAAUAACUGAAUCAACAACAGAAUUAUUAACUAGUACAUCAACCACAACUACUACUCCAUCUUCUUUAAAUGUUUUUACACUUAAAAGUACCCAAUCUACAAUAUCCACUGAUAGAUCAUCUCCAGAUCCAUUACCAGUAAUGAUAAAGAAAUUUGCUCCUCGAAUUACAACAUCGACUACCCCUAAACCAAGAAAGAAAUUAGUUACCGUAAUGGAUGAUUUGUCUGGAUUAUUACCACCAGGAUAUAAGUCUCGUACAUCAUAUAAAGAUAAACGUACUAGUACAACUACUACAACUACGACGCCUAAAACAACGACGACUACUACUAGUGUGCCAAUGUCUUCAUCAGAAGAAAUAAGUAAUGGUACCCAAGGACGCUCUUCAGGUAUCAAUAGUAAAAACAGGGUAAUAGUUUUAGAUGGAAAAUCUUUACUUCCUAAGGAAUAUAGACCAAAAGAACAUAAGGUACAAGAAGAUUUAUUUAAAAAAUUACAAAAAGAUGAUCUUAGUAAAUUUUUACCACCUGGUUAUAAACCACCUGUUUCUGAUGAACCUGUUUUAAAAGUGGCAACCGAAUCUGACAUUAUCGAUAAAGUUAAAAAAAUUGAUAUAUCUGAAUUUUUACCAAAAGGAUAUAGUCCUAAUUCUACUACAACUUCUACGACAGAAAAAUCGAUAAAAAAGGAUAAAUUAGCCGUCAAUGCUGUUUCAGUCGACAUAUCUUCAUUUCUACCACCUGGUUUUAAAUUAAAUAUAAGCGAAAAAGAAAGUGAUGAUCAAUUAACAAACUUUAAGGUCGCUGAUGUAUCAAGUUUGCUACCACCUGGCUUUAAAAUAAACACUUCAGAAGAAGUUGUUUCAUUUAGCUCUACUACAAAAGCCCCUGGAGGAAUUAAAUUAGUUUUUCCGUCCAGACCAGGUAGUAAAACUAAUAGAAAAACUACAGCAAAACCUAGUGGUGGCCUAGGUCCAAUUCCUGUUACACCUAAAAUUCAAAAAGGUUGGCCUACAAGAGCAUCAACUGAAUUUACUGGUUGGCCGUCUCCUUCUACAACUCCCUUCUCUAUAGAGAAGCUUCUAGAAGCACAAAGGAACGCCACUGCUACUAGUCCAAUGCCCAAUUAUUCAACCGAGCCGACAACGCGACGUAUUAUAACGACUACUACGACUACACCUAAGCCUCCACCAUCGACUACUCCUGGAGUAUGUCGAAAGGAAUGCGAUAUAGCAGCCACAAUUAAAAUAGUUGCAGGAGUUAAAUGGUUACCAGAAUUAUUAGAUCGUCAUACAGAAGAGUGGCAACGACUAGCAAACGAUGUAAAAGAUGAACUCAAUUCUGUUUAUUCAAAAUCAGAUUAUCUGAAGAAAUGGUAUAAAAAUAUACGAAUUGAUGGAUUCAGUCCAGGCUCAGUUCUUGUUGACUAUUUCAUUGAACUUAAUGAUGUUGAUGAAAGAGUUGACACUUUGGAUUUGAAGAAAAUGUUCCAUAAAUCUCUUCAUGACGCUAAAGCCGGUAGUGUAGUUGAAGAAGUUACCGUUCAACCAAAAGAAGAAUUUGAUUCAGACAUGAUGUUGGGAGAUCAACCAGAAGAAGAGAGAAUGAGAAAAAGUAAUGAAAAAAUGACAAAAACAAUUGACAAGUCUGCUGGGAAAUUGGAAAUUGGAAAGUUCGUUAUGGAUCCUGCGUAUACGGAAUUUAUUGUAUUACCGAAACGCGAGGAACCCACACCUGUUCAACCUGAGGAAGAAUCAUUCCUACCACAAUGGGGUAUUGCUGUUAUUGUCAUAGCGUUGGCGUCCCUGCUAUUUGUCGUCAUAUUUGGAGUCACUGUGUUGGUGAAUCGACAGAAAAGUGCUAAAGCCAAAGCACCAAUUCCUCUUAGCGAGGAUAUGCUUCGAGAGCUGGAUAAAAGUCAUAUGGGAGGUUUUGAUGAUAUGCAUCAGUUGAAGGAAAGGGAACUGCCCUAUCUUCCAUCUGGAAAGCGUAUGUCGACCGCUUUCAUUGAACAGUUAGCGUAUCCCAACCCUGGUGACUCUUGGCGGUCAGAGUGGACGCCUCAACUGCAGAAGUAUAUGCAGCACUACACUCCGGACUCAGGACGUGGCUCUCAAAUAUAUGGGCCAGUAGGAAAUGGAUACGGGUAUGGCGGCGGUGGAUCACAGCUCUAUGGGCAGACCGGUGGUGGGUCUCAGGUGUACGGCUACACGGGUGAAUACCCGCGCUCACACUACGGUCGGCGACGUUCUGAAUACGAUAGCAAUUUCUAGAAUACUCUAGCGAUUAUUAUUGAAAACUUCUGAGACUUAACAUACUCUUGACAAUAUCUUCUAUUUAACCUCAAAAAUUGCCCUUAGUCCAGCUUGUAUAUUUCAUUAAUUACCGAACAUCUAUAACAGGUUGUGAAUGUUUUAUCAUCAUCACAAUAGUAAGAAUUUUAGAAUUUAUAUUUUAUAUUGUGCAUGAAAUUAUAACUGCUUUUAGUCCGGCCUAUAAAUAAC